AAGACAAUAAAGGAAUGGUCAGAGAAUGAGGAGAGAGAAGAGAAGAGAGUGAAGGAAAAAGGGUGAUGUCACUGCCUCUUGACGGCAGCCAAUCAGAGGAGGGGAGAGGCAGCUAGGGAGCCAGGAGAGGGUGUGUUUUCCUCGCACUGCAGCAUCAGCAGUGAACAGAGGCCACAAUCAAUCUGACAGAGCAGGAGACACAAGAACCUUGAGGGACAGAUAAAACAACAGAGUUGCCAGAGGAGGACGGAAACCUGAAGCGGUUUCGAAGCUGCAGAGUGAGAGUGCAUCAGGAGGGUGUGGACCUGAGAGAAACAUACAGAAAGAAGAAACGGUGAAGACUGCUCUUCUCUGAUUGGGAUAAUCUGAGAUUUUCUGGCCCGUUGUGUUUGUGCCUGCCAGCAGGUGCAAUGCCUGCCACGUCACUACAGCAGGUGGGCAGCAGGGGGCGAUGUGCUGCUCUCCUGCUCCCUCUCCUCCUGCUGUCUGUGGCUCCACGGCCCGGGGACACCAUGAUCAACAUCCCAUCCAAAUACAAAAUAAGACACUUGAAAAGCCCCCCAGUGAUCACUGCCCAGCCAGAGUCUAUCACCACCUUUUCAGCCGAUGACAUCACACUCACCUGUGAGGCAGCUGGGAAUCCCCCACCCACGUUCCGCUGGGUGAAAGAUGGUUUGGAGUUUGACCCCUCUAAAGACCCUGACCUCUCAGUGUCCAGAGAUUCUGGGACCUUCUCGUUGACAGCCAAGGAUGGACCCAUCCACCAGUACCAGGGCAGAUAUAACUGCUACGCAUCUAAUGAGCUUGGCACGGCCGUGUCUAAAGAGGCUCGUAUUAUCACAGAGAACACUCCCACUCUACAGAAGGAGAAGAAGGUGUCAAAGAAGGUUGAGGAAGGAGAGAGUGUGGUGCUUCCCUGUAAUCCUCCUAACAGCACCGUGGCCCCGGUCAUCCACUGGAUGGACAAAAGGCUGCGGCACAUUCAGCAAAACGAGCGUGUGAUUCAGGGUCGCGAUGGAAACUUGUACUUCUCUCAUGUGACUCCGGCAGACAGCCGAGAUGACUACACCUGCAACACUCAGUUCCUCAGCGCAUUCAUCAUCCAGCUCAAAGAGCCCAUCAAACUCACUGUUGUCCCCUCUAACUCAGUGGUGCGCAACAGAAGGCCACAAAUGAUGCAACCCACUGGCCCCCGCAGCUCCUACCUGGUGCUCCGUGGCCAAGACCUAGAGCUGGAAUGCAUUGUUCAGGGCCUGCCGGCUCCCAGUAUCCAGUGGAUCAGGAUAGAUGGAGUUCUGUCUGAGUCGCGCACCUCCACUGAGAGUUAUAACAGAGUUCUGCGCUUCAAGAAUAUCUCAGAGUCUGAGGGUGGCGAGUACCAAUGUACCGCCACGAAUCUGCAAGGCAUGAUCUCUCACAUCUACAGCAUCACUGUGGAAGCUGCCCCAUAUUGGACGAAAGAACCAAAGAGCCAGCUGUACGCCCCGGGAGAGACGGUCAAACUGGAAUGUAAGGCUGACGGCAUUCCCAGCCCUGAGGUCACCUGGAGCAUCAAUGGCAAUCUUCUUACUGAUAUUGACCCAGACCCCCGUCGCAGUUUGAAACCUGAUGGUCUCACUCUGAAGAAUGUGGAACUCAGUGACACUGCGGUGUAUCAGUGCAAAGCUGUCAAUAAGCACGGCUCUAUCAUCAUCAAUGCUUACGUCUAUGUUAUAGAACUGCCUCCCCAGAUUCUGACAGAAGAUGUACUCAUGUACUCUGUGGCAGAGGGACAGACGAUUGAUCUGGCUUGCGAGACCUUUGGCUCUCCUCGGCCCAAUGUCACAUGGGAGGGUGAGUCCUGGGGCGCACUUAUAGCCAACCCAAGGAUGAGUCCGUUAUCCGAUGGCUCUCUACAGAUCAGUAACGCCUCCCUCAAUGACAGCGGCCUGUACACCUGCACUGUCAGCAACAGCAAAAUCACCAUCACUGCUGAGCUGGCCGUACUCAAUAAGACAUUCAUUGUGAAACCUCCGUUGGCUCUGCGAAUUCAGCGGGGGAAGCCAGCUACCCUCACCUGCGAGUACCAGGUGGACUCCAGGCAGGGCGCCCCUCAAGUCCAGUGGAGGAAGAACCAAAAGAAGCUCACAGAGUCUUCUGAUUCAGACAAGUACAUGAUAGAUGAAUCCACCCUCAUAAUACCUGAAGUUGAAGAAGACGAUGAAGGGAUAUACACCUGUGAAGUCAUUACCACUCUGGAUAUGGCGGAAGCGAGUGGCUCCAUCACUAUCGUUGACCGACCAGACUCUCCAACCCAACUACAAAUGACCGAACCUAAAGAACGCAGUGUCACUCUCAGCUGGACACCUGGAGAUGAUCACAACAGCCCUGUGCUAGAGUAUUUGAUUGAGUUCGAGGAGACAGGAUCUGAAAGAAAUGAAUGGGAGGAGCUAAGCCGUGUGUCAGGCAGCAUUCAGCGAACUACCCUUCCCUUGAAGCCCUUCAUUUCUUACCGUUUCCGAAUCAUCGCCAUCAAUGACAUCGGCAAGAGUGAGCCGAGCAAGGAAACGGAGGCUUAUUCCACACCAGCUGCUUCUCCAGACAGCAACCCCGAAGGAGUGCGCAGUGAUUCCAUCAACCCAGGCACCCUUGUCAUCACAUGGAAGGAGUUGGAGAGGCGUAGUUUCAACGGCCCAGAUUUUCACUACAAAGUGAUGUGGAGGAAAGUUUUGGGCAGCGGUCCGUCCUGGCACACCAAAAACAUCACCUCUCCACCCUUCAUCGUCACAGAUGUGGGCAACUUCUCUGCCUUUGACAUUAAAGUGCAAGCUGUUAAUGAGAUGGGAGAAGGUCCAGAGCCCAAAUCUGCCAUUGGAUACUCUGGAGAGGAGACCCCUCUUGAGGCCCCUCUGGAUGUGGGAGUGGUUCUGAUCAACAGCACUGCUAUUAAAGUGACAUGGGCGGCCGUGAACAGAGAAACUGUGAGGGGCCGUCUGCAGGGUUACAAGAUUUAUCUGAAGCACUUUGACCCAGAAAGCAGACACCUCAGACGGGAGCGUGUUAGGGAGGGUAGGCCGACAAACAUCACAGUUGUGACGACGGACAGUAAUGAGGAGAAGAAGAUUCUGGGAGAUCUGCAGCCCUACUCCCAUUACUCACUGACUGUAAGUGUCUUUAAUCAUAAAGGAGAAGGACCCCAGUCUGAAGCCCUCACCUUCCACACUCCAGAAGGAGUACCUGGUCCUCCAUCAUUUUUACAGCUGGAAAGCCCUUCAGAGACAGAAAUGAUACUGCGUUGGUCUGCGCCCAACCAGCUAAAUGGAGUCCUGACUGGAUACAUAUUACAGUAUCAACAAGUUGAUAAUGAAGACAGCCCUAUGCGGAUAGAAAAGAUUGGCGACCACGCCAAUCACUUCAAGUUAAACCUGGACCCUCGCAGCCGUUACCGCUUCCACCUGCGGGCACACACGGCUGCUGGAGAAGGACUGCCAAUCAUCAUGGAGGGAGCUACCACACUGGAUGGAGGUCCACCCUCCAACAUUAGCUUAUCGAUUGGAGAGACAUCAGUCAACCUGACCUGGGUGUCGAAAGAAAGACAGAGAAAUGUGGGAUUCCAUAUUCAUUACCUGAGAGAUGGCAAAGGCAAAUGGAAGCACUCUGAAAAAGUAAACAGCUCUCAGUCUUUCUACACGCUGCAGGGGCUCCAGCCCGGAUCGCUGUACUACCUGCGGAUUUACUUCGGAAACAAGACUAUCUGGAUGGAUGAGAUCCAGACCGCUGGAACAAUAGAAAUGGAGAAACGGGAUGGGUUUGUGACUGAAAGCUGGUUCAUCGGACUCAUCAGCGCCCUUGUGCUAUUACUGCUGGUGCUGCUUAUUCUGUGUUUCAUAAAACGAAGCAAAGGUGGAAAAUACUCAGUUAAAGAGAAAGAAGAGGGCCAGAUAGACUCUGAAGCUCGGCCAAUGAAUAAUGAGGCUUUUGGAGAGUACAGAUCUCUUGAGAGUGACAACGAGGAGAAGCGGACGGCCAGUCAGCCGUCUCUGUGCGAGGACAGUAAGCUAUGUACCGACGAUGCUCUAGACGACUACGCCAACAGCAACAGCGUGCAGACCGAGGUCCUCAUGGACGAGUCACUGGCCAGUCAGAGCAGCGGAGUCCGAGAUGUUCCUGACCCUGAGACUCAGGAAAGUUCCCCUCUAAAUCCUGCCACAGCCAUCUCCCACCACGGCCUGCCCAACUCCGCCGCCCUCCUUGACUAGCCGGGCGAGACCGAGACCAAACGUGGAUUCACACAUGUGCCCACCUGUUGCAACCGCUCAUGAUUUACCAACUAAUCAAAAACCCACGAUAAUAAGACCUACACACACACAACAGACGCCAAGAAAACCCACCAGAGCCACUGCUGGAACUUACUUCAGACGUAAUUGGACCAACACAACACUUUUAACACAGCCAGAGGAAAACAUUCGACUGACAUAUAACAAAUAGACUGCCAUGCUCGUUGUUUACAGAUCUUAUCUCUCAUUUUACGAUAUAAAAUAGGCUAUAGCAGUUUACAGUUAUACAGACGUGACAAGAACAUCUCCAGAAGAGACCUCUUUGAUAAUCCGGUGAACUAUAAAGCAUACACCGAGCUCCUGUGGCAGACACCAAAUCAAACAUGGAGUCGGAUUCACCUGUUAGUCAAUAAAGAAGCGUUGUGGAAGGAGGGUGCGAGAGAGAAGAGAGAAGCUGAAGGCCUUAAAAUCAUGACUAAGUGCGUUGUGCAAGCGUAUAGACAGCGUGAGCUGGUUAUUCUGGUUGCAAAGUUUAAUCAACUUAUUGUGUUUUGUGCGUCUCUACCAUUUUGUUUACCAUUUUGCCUGAACCAUUUUUAUAAUUACUUUUUUAUUAUUAAUUUAUUUUUUUAACGCAAGGAUCACUUUUGUGUCGUGUUUUAAAGGUGCUUUAAGCAAUGUCAGCCAUUAUGAAACUUCUGAGUCUUGGCCACUUUUCCAAAACCCUACCCUACAAAGAUUAGCCCCUGCUGGUAGAUGCAGUAACUACACCAUCUGCUACUAACUAAAAACAUAUUUCUCCAUCAAAAUUCGCAAUGUAGUCUGUC